UUGCUGCAUCCAACUUAACUUUGUUUUGGUUGGUUUUCUUGUACGAGGAAAAUUUCGUAAAAACUAAUAAAAUAAACUACAAAUAAAUUGAGUAAAAUUAAAUAAAAAUCUUUAAAGUUAUUCUCUAUAUGAAAUUAAGAGUUCUGUGCGAUAUGUGGUGCAUCAAAAGUGGCAUAGAGUUUACUCCUUAACGCGUGAUUAGCAAUGAAACCUCUGCCCUGUCAUAACCGACGACGUCGUCUUCGUAAAUCUUGCUAAUUUAAUUAAUUAAGCCUUAAUUAAAAGGAACUUUCGGCUUCAUAUCGUGAUUUAUUGCGUACCCUCUGGGUGAAUAACGGUGAUUUUUGCCUCUUUGAUACACUUCAUAUGUGUUACUGGACUGGGUAAAACGAAAUCAUCAACCUGUCGCAGUUUAUGCCCUCUAACUCUGCAAUGGAUGAACAGUUGAUUGAUGAAGUAGCCCUACAUGCGGUUAUAUACAAUCGACAGAAAUAUUACCUCAAUGGCUGUGUCAAUGGUCAGAAUCCGGCAGCAAAUAAAUACGAGACAAAAGAUGAGGCUUGGCAAGAGAUUGCCAUGAAGCUAAGAAGUGAUGUGGAAACUUGCAAAAAACGCUGGAAGUAUUUACGCGAACGCUAUGUUAGUCAACGCAAACAAGGAGAUCCACCCGUAUACGAACAUCUGUCCAGACCCUAUCUGGAGAAAAUGAAAUUUCUGGACCAGCAUAUACAGCCACGCAAAUCCUAUCGCAAUGUGCCCAACUUUCUUACCUCACCCCACUCGGCGAAUGGUUCCAACUUUAAUGAUUAUAAUAUGGAUUCGAAAUCGAAUAGUUCAUUAAAGAGUAUGGGUCACUUUGGCCAACAUCAUCCGUUUCAAGACCAACAGCAUGCCAUGAAUGCUUUGAGUUCGGCGGCAGCUGCUGCCUCAGCCUUAGAAGGUGAUGGUCGUGUUAAAUUAGAGGCCGAUCAAGUUUUCAGAGAUUUUGCGGCGGCGGUGCAUGGCCAAUUGCAUCAUCAGCAAGCUGCGGUGGCUGCAGCCUUGGCUGCCGAUCCCUCCCAAAGUUACAAUGAGCAUUUUCGUGAUGCUGCCAAUGCUUUAUCGGCUGUGGCCAGCGCCCAACACAAUGGCAAUGGUGGGGUUCUGGGUGGCAUGCACUCAUCUUCGUCGUCGGUUAAGUCACCGCUCUCCUCACCACUUGGCGCCACCCACAAUGGUACAAAUAGUGCUGGACACUCUUCAACGCCUACGCAUCAGUCAUCGACUUCUAACCUCAACAAUGCAACAUCUUCGGCGGGCCCUAGCAGUAGUAUGAGUGUAGCCAACAAUCACUUUAGUAAUUCGAGUUUUAGUGAAAACCAUCAAGAGGAUAUGGAUUCCUCCUCCAGCGGUAACUAUGUGAAAAAGCCUCGUGUACAUUUAAUGAAUCAUACUGCCAGCGAAACAGCCACAGCAGCCCAACAACAUAGUCACAAUAAUGGGCUGCCGCACCACCACAGCAACAGUAAUGGCAAUGCCAAUGCCAAUCAUCAACAACAACAUUCAAAUAAUCACCAUCAACAGCAUGCAAAUAAUGCCCUGAAUAAUUCCAAUAGCUCUCAGUUUGGUGGAGGCGAUGAAACCGAUGAAGAUUCUGAUGAAAAUAGUGCUUCUAUGUUGCAGCCUCAAACCAUACUCAAUGAACACAAUAAUGACAAUCCCUAUAACAGUGCUUUGGCAGCCCCCUCUCCAGCUCCCUCAAAUGCUUCAUCAACAAAUGCUCUGCAGCGUAGCGUAGGGGCACCGCAGCACUUAAAUGCCAACACCAGCAAUGGCGGCAACAUGUUCUCCACCAAUGCCGAUUUUCUACAAUUACUGUAUCAGCAAUUGCCACAUAGCCAACAGCAGAAUAAUAUGCCACAGCAACAAGGGUUUGGUAAAUUCCAAGUACCACACAAUCCCCCGCCCACGCCACCGGCUGUGCAACGCAGCUCGGAACAACUGCUGGGCGAAUUGGUAACCACAGAGCUGUUGAAAAUGUCAAAGGAGAGACGCAAAAGUGUACAAAAAAGAAUCUUGGAAAUAUUAUUCUUUGACGAUUGAGCAGAUGAGUUACCUCCAAAGUGAAGUUACGGUUCUAGGCUUUUCUUGUUUUUCUUUUUACUUUUUUUUGAACGGAGAACAUAAAGACUCGUUGUUUUAUCUACUUAUCUACAAAACACUACCCUACCCAACAUAUCCACAUUUACUCAAAAACCCUCGCCCAUGUUUUAUCUGCUAUACAUGCAAAAACAAACUAAAACACCUAACAUCAUAAGUAUAUAGAUAUACAAUUGAUUGAAAACUUUAGUUCUAAGCAAUUUCUAUUAUAGCUUGCUUAAGUUAAUGUCUGUCUUCUAUUUAUUUGUAUUUGUUCCAUUUUUUGUUUAACUGUCUAGGCAAUUCAAAAUCCAUUCCAAAAACAAAACUUUAACAAACAAGCAUGUGCAUCUGACACUUUUACCAGUAUACAAUCUAUAUUUAUAUACCGAAACACAUCAAGCCCACCUAUUUUUAAGUAAUAAAAAAAAGUAAUCUUUACAUAUAAUUUGGAAUUAUAUACAAAGAAAUAAUUUUGUCCUACUUCCUAACUUCUAGUCAGUAUACAAACAUCGUUUAAUUUUUGUAUAUUUUUUUUUAUUAUUUCUGCCUACUUUUUUGAUUUAUUCUUAUUAUUGUAUAUCUAGUUAUUAAGAUUUUAAGUACAGAAAAUUUCCUUAAAUGUGUAUUUACAUUACCGUA